AUGGCUGCUAACGGCGUCAACGGCACCAACGGAACGAACGGGGUGAGCGGGCGGAGGCACCACAACGAGGGUACCUUCCUCUUCACCUCCGAGUCCGUCGGCGAGGGCCACCCGGACAAGAUCGCUGAUCAGGUCUCGGAUGCUAUCCUCGAUGCCUGCCUGGCCGAGGAUCCCCUCUCCAAGGUCGCUUGCGAGACGGCCACCAAGACCGGCAUGGUCAUGGUCUUUGGUGAGAUUACCACCAAGGCCAAGUUGGACUACCAGAAGAUUGUUCGCAAUGCCAUCAAGGACAUUGGCUAUGACGAUUCAUCCAAGGGGUUUGACUACAAGACUCUCAACCUGCUGGUUGCCAUCGAGGAGCAGUCUCCCGAUAUUGCACAGGGUCUUCACCUGGAUGAUCGCCUAGAGAACCUUGGCGCCGGUGAUCAGGGUAUCAUGUUCGGAUACGCCACCGACGAGACGCCUGAACUCUUUCCCCUGACCCUGCUCUUCGCUCACAAGCUUAAUGCGGCCAUGGCGGCUGCUCGCCGUGACGGCACCCUGCCUUGGCUCCGCCCCGACACCAAGACCCAAGUCACCAUUGAGUACAAGCACGACAAUGGCGCCGUUGUGCCUCUCCGUGUCGAUACCGUCGUCGUCUCUGCCCAGCACAGCCCGGAGAUUACCACCGAGAAGUUGCGCAAGGAAAUUCUUGAGAAGAUCAUCAAGACCACCAUCCCCGCCAAGUACCUUGAUGAUCGCACUGUCUACCACAUUCAACCUUCGGGCCUUUUCAUCAUCGGUGGCCCCCAGGGCGAUGCUGGUUUGACCGGACGCAAGAUCAUUGUCGACACCUAUGGUGGCUGGGGCGCUCACGGUGGCGGUGCCUUCUCUGGCAAGGACUUCUCCAAGGUCGAUCGGUCGGCUGCGUAUGUCGGCCGCUGGAUCGCCAAGUCCCUCGUCGCUGCUGGUCUCGCCCGCCGGGCCCUUGUCCAGCUUUCGUACGCCAUCGGCGUUGCCGAACCCCUCUCGAUCUUCGUGGAGACGUACGGCACCUCUGAGAAGACAUCGGACGAGCUUGUCAAGAUCAUCCGGGACAACUUUGACCUCCGGCCGGGUGUCAUUGUCAAGGAAUUGGAUUUGGCCAAGCCCAUCUACUUCCAGACUGCCAAGAACGGCCACUUUGGCACCAACCAGAACUUCAGCUGGGAGAAGCCCAAGCCCCUCAAGUUCUAA